UUCUUGCAGGUUCAUCAUGCUCGGCGAUUCUAUGAAAAUUUGGUACCAAGUUACACAGUAUAUGAGGUUGAGUGCCCAGACCAUUCAUUUCGUAAAUUCACUGAUGAUGGCCAAUACCUUAUAAGUUUCAGCAGAAAUCAUCAGGAGUUGAUUGUUUAUAGGCCUAGAUGGCUUUCUUUUUCAUGCAAAGAUGAAGAUUGUGAUAAACAUGAUUUGCCAUCAAGAGCAAAGAGAUUUGACAGUUUUUUCACCCAAUUAUAUUGUGUAGCACUUGCUUCUUGCAAUGAACUUAUAUGUAAAGAUUUCUUUCUUUACAUGGAGAGUAAUCAAUUUGGACUGUUUUCUACUUCAACGGCUCAAAUUCAUGAUGCUCCUGCUGUUGGAGGAGUUGUCCAAGGUGUUCCUUCAAUUGAGAAGAUAACUUUCCACCUCUUGAGACUGGAAGAUGGAGAGAUCUUGGACAAGAAGGUCUUCAGUAAUGACUUCGUUAAUUUAACCCAUAAUAUGGGUGUCUUCUUGUAUGAUGACCUAUUGGCAAUUGUAUCACUUCGCUAUCAAACUAUACACAUUCUUCAAAUUAGAGACUCUAGGAACCUUGUUGAUGUACGUGCUAUUGGGGAAUUCUGCCGCGAAGAUGAUGAGCUUUUUCUCAAUUCAAAUGCUCAGGGCAUGGCAUUGUCUGACAAAAAUAAACAGCUUCAAUUGCCUGGGAACCACAUUGAAAAUCACCUGCAUCAAGGCCAGCCUAAUCUGGGGAAUUCUUUUCUAAGUGGUAUAAAACAGCGAUUGCUUUCAUUCAUAUUCCAGGGACUAUGGAAUGAAGAAAGAGAUGAUACCUUGAGGAUCCAAAGGCUCAGGAAGAAAUUUUACUUCCACUUUCAAGAUUAUGUUGAUUUGAUUAUCUGGAAGGUGCAAUUCUUGGACCGACACCAUUUGCUAAUCAAGUUUGGUAGUGUAGAUGGAGGGGUGUCCCGAAAUGCUGAUCACCACCCAACUUUUGUUGUUGUAUAUAACAUGGAUACAACUGAAAUUGUAUCAUUUUAUCAGAAUUCACCAGACGAGCUUUAUCUGUUGUUUGAGCAGUUCUGUGACCACUUCCAUGCAACAUCAAGGAAUUCAAUGUAUAUGAAUUUCAUAUCAUCUCAUUCAAAUAAUAUCCACGCACUGGAACAACUCUGGAGCAUUAAAGAUAAGGCAAGCAGCUCUGCACAGGCUGACAAAGCCAUUGCAGAAAUUGAGGCAAAGUGUGGCCAAAAAAUUGAAGAAUGCAAAGAAGAACAAAGGCAGCAGUUGAUGCGCAUUCAAGAUGAACACACAUUGCUCGUUACUCAAAUGAAGCAGGAGCAUGACAAGAGGCAAGCAAGCCUCAUAGCUGAACACAACGAACAGCUAAAGCGUACCCAACUGCAAGCUGAAAAUGAAUUGAGAGAGAAAACAAUGUUUAUGAGGAAUGAUCAUGAAGCUCAGAUCAAAGCAUUGAGGUGUGAACUUGAAGAUGAGUGUCAGAAGCUGGAAGAGGAGUUGCAUCUUCAAAAAUCCAAAGAAGACAGGCAAAGGGCUUUGUUGCAGUUGCAGUGGAAAGUGAUGAGUGACAAGCCCAAAGAGGACCAAGAAGUGAAUUCAAAACAGGCACAGUUGGGGAAAUGA